AACAUUCUAUGGCUUGGAUGACUUACAUUUCAAAUUGGUUUGAGCAAGAUGAUUGGUAUGAAGGACUACAAAGAGCAAACAUGUCCCAGGUCAGGCAAGUGGGCCUGCUGGCCGCUGGAUGUCAGCCAUGGAACAAAGAUGUAUGUGCUGCCAAUGGAGACAGGUUUGCAUACUGUGCCACCCUGGCCAUCUAUAUUUACCAGUUGGAUCACCGUUAUAAUGAAUUCAAACUUCACGCAAUUAUGUCUGAACAUAAAAAAACAAUCACAGCUAUCUCUUGGUGUCCACAUAACCCUGAUGUGUUUGCAAGUGGCAGUACCGAUAAUUUAGUGAUCAUUUGGAAUGUUGCAGAACAAAAAGUCAUUGCUAAGCUCGACAAUACAAAAGGUAAUAAAAGUCAGAAACAUGUUCUGAGACCUGAAUCUCUUGAAGGGACAGAUGAGGAAGAUCCAGUGACAGCCCUGGAAUGGGACCCACUGUCUACCGAUUAUCUCCUAGUGGCUAAUAUGCAUUUUGGAAUUCGCCUGCUAGAUUCGGAAUCACUUUAUUGCAUAACAACAUUUAAUUUUCCCAGUGCAGCAGCUUCUGUUCAGUGUUUGGCCUGGGUUCCCAGUGCUCCUGGGACGUUUGUAACUGGGGAUUCUCAAGUGGGGGUUUUGCGCAUUUGGAAUGUUUCAAGAACAACACCUAUUGAUAAUUUUAAAUUAAAGAAAACAGGGUUUCACUGCUUACAUGUACUUAAUUCUCCUCCAAGAAAAAAAUUUUCAAGACAGUCUCCAACUAAAAAUCAUUAUAUGUCCUCAACAAGCGAAGCAGUUUCACCCCCAACUUUGACACAGAAUCAGGCAUUUUCUCUUCCUCCCGGGCAUGCAGUGUGCUGCUUCUUGGAUGGUGGAGUUGGACUUUAUGACUUGGGAGCCAAGAAGUGGGAUUUUCUCAGGGACUUGGGACAUGUGGAAACGAUCUUUGACUGCAAAUUCAAACCUGAUGAUCCCAAUCUUUUAGCAACAGCUUCUUUUGAUGGCACUAUAAAAGUCUGGGACAUAAACACACUAACUGCUGUGUACACCUCCCCGGGUAAUGAAGGGGUUAUUUACUCCCUAUCAUGGGCCCCAGGUGAUUUAAAUUGUAUUGCUGGAGCAACUUCCCGAAAUGGUGCUUUUAUUUGGGAUGUUAAAAAGGGCAAAAUGGUGCAACGAUUUAAUGAGCAUGGAAAAGAUGGAAUAUUCUGCGUUGCCUGGAGUCAUAAAGACUCCAAAAGAAUAGCCACCUGCAGUGGUGAUGGUUUCUGUAUCGUUCGAACAAUUGAUGGUAAAGUGCUACACAAAUACAAACAUCCAGCUGCGGUAUUUGGUUGUGAUUGGAGCCAAAACAACAAAGACAUGAUAGCCACUGGCUGUGAAGAUAAAAAUGUUCGUGUCUAUUAUGUGGCCACCAGCUCUGAUCAACCACUGAAAGUAUUUAGUGGACAUACUGCAAAAGUGUUCCAUGUUAAAUGGUCUCCUCUGAGCGAAGGAAUUCUUUGUAGUGGUUCUGAUGAUGGUUCUGUUCGAAUCUGGGAUUAUACUCAAGAUGCUUGCAUAAACAUUCUUAGUGGCCACACUGCGCCUGUGAGGGGAUUAAUGUGGAAUACUGAGAUUCCGUAUCUACUCAUAUCUGGCAGCUGGGACUACACUAUAAAAGUAUGGGACACUCGAGAAGGAACGUGUUUGGAUACUGUUUAUGACCAUGGAGCAGAUGUAUAUGGUUUAACAUGUCAUCCGAGCCGCCCCUUCACUAUGGCCUCUUGCUCCCGAGAUUCUACAGUGAGACUCUGGUCGUUAACACCUUUAAUCACUCCUCUACAAAUAAAUAUUCUGGCAGACAGAUCUUGGGAAGAAAUUAUCGGGAACACUGAUCAUGCUACAGCACAAGGCACUCCUCCUCUUUUGUGUGGUAAAGUAUCAAGAGAGAUUAAACACGAAAUAGAGAAACUAACUGGUAAUCCUCGAGCAAAAAAACUAAGAUGGUUUUCAGAAUGUUUAUCCCCUCCAGGUGGCAGUGACAAUUUGUGGAACUUAGUUGCUGUGAUCAGAGGGCAGGACGACAGCCUGCUUCCUCAGAACUACUGUAAAGGAAUAAUGCAUUUGAAGCAUCUGAUUAAAUUUAGAACGUCUGAAGCCCAAGAAUUGACAACAGUCAAGAUGUCUAAAUUUGGUGGUGGUAUUGGUGUCCCCACUAAAGAGGAAAGGCUGAAGGAAGCUGCUGACAUACAUUUGAGAUUAGGACAAAUUCAGAGAUACUGUGAACUGAUGGUUGAACUUGGAGAGUGGGACAAAGCCUUGUCAGUUGCACCAGGGGUGUCUGUGAAAUACUGGAAGAAGUUAAUGCAGAGGAGAGCAGAUCAGUUAAUCCAGGAAGAUAAGGAUGAUGUCGUUCCAUACUGCAUUGCCAUUGGUGAUGUGAAAAAAUUAGUCAGCUUUUUUAUGUCAAGAGGUCAGCUUAAAGAAGCUCUGCUUGUUGCACAGGCUGCUUGUGAGGGAAACAUGCAGACCUUACAUGUUUCUACACCAAAAGGAUCUUCAUCUUCUGAUGAUAUCUACAAGGAAGACUUUAAAGAACUGCUGCGCAAAGUCAGUGAAGAACUGGCUGAGUGGUAUUUUCAGGACGGUCGUGCCGUACUCGCGGCAUGUUGCCAGCUGGCUGUGGAUAACACUGAGCUUGCUAUGGCAUACCUGAUUCGUGGGAAUGAGCUAGAGUUGGCCGUGUGUGUGGGCACAGUGCUGGGGGACGCUGCAGCACCCGCCACCCACUAUGCCCUGGAAUUGUUGGCAAGAAAAUGCAUGAUGACUCCAACAUGCUUUCCAUCUGUUGGAUACAGGAACCUGGCAGCUGAUCUUCUCCUGAUGACUCCUGAUAAUGAACUGCAGUUAGUUAAACUCUGUGCUUUCUACCCAGGGUGUACUGAAGAGAUAAAUGAUCUUCAUGAGAAGUGCAAGCUACCCACGGUAGAGGAAUGUAUGCAAUUAGCGGAGACAGCCCAGGCAGAUGGUAAUAUAUUUGAAACUGUGAAGUAUUAUUUGUUAAGUCAGGAACCUGAAAAAGCCCUUCCUAUUGGUAUUGAUUACAUCAAAGAAUACAUCACUAGUUCAAAUUGGACACUGGAUACCAUUUAUCCUGUUCUUGACCUGUUGAGUUAUAUUCGUACUGAAAAAUUAGUCUUGCAUACAUGUACUAAAGCUCGAAAUGAAUUGCUCAUAUUAUGUGGUUAUAUUGGUGCAUUAUUGGCUAUCAGAAGACAGUACCAAAGCAUUGUUCCAGCACUUUAUGAGUAUACAAGUCAGCUGUUAAAACAUCGGGUGGUGUCAGUGCCUUUAAAAAUUGAGCACCUUUCUAAGGAGUUGGAUGCGUGGAGAGCUUGCACACAACCCGUCAGCCGAUCAUCGGAAGAGUCUGCAUAUACUCCCCCUUCUGAUUCACAAAAGAUGGUUUAUGCAACUUUACUAAAGAGACUACAGCAAGAACCGCUCGGAGGAAUUGUUGGACCAGAUUACGUGACUGGAUCAAACCUGCCCAGUCAUUCUGAUAUCCACAUCUCUUGUCUUACGGGAUUAAAAAUCCAGGUAUAG